UAUAUUCAUUCUCAAAAUAUUUCAACCCAAGAUCAACAAUCUUCGACGUCGGCAAAUGUUUUGCAACUGGCACCAGCUAUCGUUGAGGGACGCUGUACAGGACAAUCUUUGACGCCAGCAAAUGUUUUACAAAUGACACCGGCUAUUGCUGGAGAGUACGGUACAGUAAGACAAACUUCGACGUCAGCAAAUGUUUUGCAAAUGACACCUGCUAUUGCUGGGGAGUGCUGUAUAGAAUGUUGUCCAGUUGCAGCAGCAGAAGCAGCACAAGCUGCCGUAACUAUGCGAGACUCAGGGCCUAUUCGAGACUCAGAGUCUAAUAAUACAGAUCAUACCGCUAAUGAAUUCAGACAUUCUUCAUAUUUAUGGACAGCGCAGGAUUUUCAACAUGGAU